UUUGCCUGAUAAACAAUCCAGUGAAAUCUAGAGAAACCGAAAAAAGGUGGCAAACCAGUAAAACUCACAGUUGUAUCUAGUUGUGGUAAAACUGGCAUCGAAGGAAAUUCGCAGGAGUAGUUAAAGUUGCUGCUCGUUUACACCUGCAUAAGCUCCAAUUCCGCCACAAUUUAAAAACCAUGUAAACCACGCAUCUAUGUAGAUAGAAAUAUAUACAGCUUGGGACAUGCACAAUUGUGAAGACAAAGUGAACGUCAAAAGGUAAAUGACUCCUAAGUACAGAGAGAACCAAAACCACAAGUAAUGCAAAUGUACUUAGAUAAGCGCCAACUUUUUGAACAAAUAGUGCUGCUGGUUGAUAAGGAGUCAUAAAACACUGCGAUAAUCCAGACUGGUGAAAUUUGAACAUGUGUGUCUCGCGCUGAAUGCAAAUCGCGUCGCUACUCAAAUAUAGUUCGUUUCCAGAGUUCAUUGCAACAACUCCUCAGUCGUUCUUUUUGGACUUUUAAGGAAAGGAGGAAUGGAGCCCAUUCUUAUUGUGCACGGCGGCGCAGGCGAUAUCACUGAGGCCCGAGUUCCUGGAAAAUUCACAGGAGUAAAGAAGGCCGUCCGGGAAGGCUUCAAAGUCUUAAGCGAUGGCGGAAGUGUUCUUGAUGCUGUGGAAAAGGCUGUCUGUAGCAUGGAGUUGGAUGACAACUUCAACGCGGGGUACGGCUCAGUGUUGAACAUCGAAGGCUACAUUGAAAUGGAAGCGAGUAUAAUGCACGGUAAGGACUUAAAGGCUGGAUGCUGCACCCUCAUCAAAGGUAUCAUGCAUCCAAUAUCAGUAGCGCGGCGGGUAAUGGAAAAGACAAACCACACAUUUUUGGGCGGCGAAAAUGCAAUGGAAUUCGCAAGACGAGAAAAUUUCGAACUACUCCCUCCAGAUUCCCUGAUUACAGAGAACGCUAAACGGGCUUUGGAAGAGUUCAAGGAGAAUCAAAAGAAAGGCGUCGACACUACCUUCGCCCGUACUGAGUUAGAUAAGACUGAACCAAAUGGCACGGGAACUGUUGGUGCUGUAGCAAUCGAUCGUGAGGGCAACAUCGCUGUCGCUACCUCAACGGGUGGAAUAACUGGAAAGGUGGCUGGCCGAAUCGGGGAUACGCCCAUCCUAGGCGCGGGAACGUAUGCAGAUAAUGAAAUCGGCGGUGUAUCUACCACCGGACAUGGUGAGACUCUGAUGCGGUUUAACGCCGCUCAAAGAAUUCUCCAGAAAAUCAGUUGUCACAAUAUGAGUGCACAAGAAGCCACCGAGGCUGCACUGAAGGAAAUGACCGCUCGUUUGGUAGGCACAGGCGGUGCUAUUACAAUUGACAAGAAAGGACAAAUUGGAAUAUAUUUCACGUCGAAACGAAUGGCGUGGGCUUAUAUUAAAGGAAAUGAGCUGCACUAUGGCAUCAACGCUGGAGAGGACUUUUCGGAAAAUACGACUGAGAAGUGAAAUUUGGUUUGGGAAAAUAAAAGGAUUUUAAUCAGUUGA